AUGAGGGCAGAAGUGGACAAGCUAACUAGCAUUGAAUUUAUCAAGGAGGUGGACUAUCCCACCUGGCUCGCCAAUGUGGUGAUGGUUCGAAAGGGCACCAAGGGCUGGCGCAUGUGUGUAGACUACACCAACCUCAAUCGGGCCUUCCCGAAGGAUAGCUUCCCCCUACCCCGCAUCAACCAGUUAGUUGAUGCCACAGCUGGCCACGCCUUUCUCAGCUUCAUGGAUGCUUACUCUGGGUACAACCAGAUUUUCAUGCAUCCUGAGGACCAAGCCCAUACCUCCUUCAUCACGGAUCGUUGCCUUUACUGCUACAAAGUCAUGCCCUUCGGCCUCAAGAAUGCCGGGGCCACAUAUCAGCGUCUGGUGAAUAGCAUCUUCGCUCCCCUAAUUGGCAACACCAUGGAGGUUUAUGUUGAUGACAUGUUCGUCAAGAGUCGCACUACUGACCAGCACAUCCCCAACCUCUCAGCCAUGUUCACCAUUCUGAAGCAGUAUAAGAUGAGGCUCAACCCCACCAAGUGUGCAUUUGGGGUGGCUUCAGACAAAUUCGUUGGCUUCAUGAUCAGCGAGAGGGGUAUUGAGGCCAAUCCAGAGAAGAUCAAGGCCAUAUUAGACAUGGCAAUACCCAAGACGAUCAAGGACAUCCAGAGCCUUACCAGGCGUGUCGCAGCCCUGACCAGAUUCAUCUCCAAGGCCACUGAUCGCUACGCCCCCUUCUUCAAGGCACUUAAGGGUAGCAAGCAGAGUAUUACCUGGACCACUGAGUGCGACAAAGCUUUCAAUGAGCUGAAGGCGUAUAUGAGACGGGCCCCCUUAUUGUCAACACCUGAGCCUGGAGACACCCUCAUGAUCUAUCUCUCCGUCUCGGCUACAGCGGUCAGUUCUGUGCUCAUCCAGACAAAGAACAGUGCUGAGCACCCAGUGCAUUACGUCAGCAAAGCAUUACAGGACGCCGAGGUUCGGUACAGGACGCCGAGGUUCGGUGUCAGGAUCCACGGUCGACUCCCCUCCACUAGCAUUGGCACAUCCCCGCGCCUCGGCCUCCGAAGGACUCGUGGCCUCAGCAGACGGAGUGGCUGCAAACAGUGA